AUGUCUUCUUCUGAUUCUAAAUUUGUCGGAGAUGCUCCUGCAUCAGUGGCAGACCCCCGUGCCAUUUCAAGAGAUAUAUUCUCUGCCACUCUGGGUUCCAUCUGCUGUUGUUAUACAGGACAGCCCAUGGAUACUAUCAAAGUCAGAAUGCAAACCAGCCCAAAAGAAUUCCCAGGCGUCAUUUCUACCACUACAUCCAUCUUCAAAAAUGAGGGAAUUACGGCCUUUUGGAAAGGAUCUGUCCCAACAGCUCUAGGAAUGGCAUUGGAAACUGUAAUGGCAUUUGGGGUCAAUGAAGCACUCAAAAGAGCAUAUCCAGAUGAUCCGUCUCAGAUAAGUUCUGAUGCACCACCAGCUCUAGGAAAACCGUUCCUAAUGGGAGCCAUGACUGGUUGCUGUGCCGCAUUGGUUCUAUUGCCCAGUGAAGUCGUCAAGAUCAAAAUGCAAUACAUUGUAGGGGAUAAUGUCAGCUCACAAGAAGUCAUGAGGAGAAUGAUCAAGCAGUCUGGGUACAAGAGUCUUUUUGCCGGACUGGAUGCUCAGCUGGCCCGUGAUGCCUCUUUUUAUGCCCUGUUCUUUGGUGGAUAUGAAUUAAGCUGUUACACCUUUCGAACAUACGUCCCAUCCAUGCCCGAAGAACUCAAUUAUUUCAUCAGUGGUGGAUUGGCAGGUAUGUUUGGCUGGACACUGGCCAUGCCAUUUGAUGUCCCAAAAACCAAUGUACAGGCACGGUACGAUUGCAAAGUCGUUGGAAGUUACUUUCCUGAAGUAUUCCAAAUUGCCAAGGAACGAGGGAUUACAGGUCUCUAUGCAGGCCUGGGACCAACACUGGUACGAGCCUUUCCCGCCAAUGCGGCCCUCUUUCUGGGCGUCGAAAUGGGAAGGAAACUAUUUGACAAGGUGUUAUAA